AUGUCUCGCUUGCCUCCAGCCGAAAAGCUACCCCUCGCAGUCCCGAAGAACAUCCGCGAUGAGUGGGAGAGCAAGAAGGAAGACCUCCAAAAGGAGCUCUCUGACGUCCUGGGCGCCGAGUGGACGCUCAAGGACAUCAAUCCCAGCGCGCUCUACCCUUACGCCGUGGACGGCUACGCCAAAGAGUCCCUAGGAAGCUGCAUUGAACAAUACGUCUCCUCGGCAAUCUACAACCUCAAAUCCUUCGCCUCCACCUACGGCGAAGACGGCAAAUCCGAGCUCAACUCCAUCUGCCACGCCCGCUCCCUCCUCAUCGACCUCGACGACCGCCCCAAGGACGCGCGCGUCUCCUACUGCGGCGUCCUCGUCAAGGAAGGCGGCGCGCUGGCGCUCGUCUUCUCCGAGGGCAACCUGGGUACCAACGUCAACUACGCCAUCGAGACGCAGGGUCUCCUGAGCGCCUUGAAUGCUGCGCCGCCCGCACCGGGAUCCGCCGCGGCGAUGAGUUUUGCGGCGCGUGCUUCUAAGUUGGCGGAUAUGCUCGAGAAGCCUGAUGUUGUGCUGUGUCCCAACUUUGAGGCGAAUUUCGAAAAGAUCAAGGCGGCGGCGGGGAAGAAGGGUAGCGAGGGGUUGGUGUAUCAGAUGAGUUAUCAAAAGUUUGGGGAUGAUGAGAUGUUGAGGGAGGGGUUCAAUGAGGCUGUUGAGAAGGGGGAGAUUCACUUCCGGAUUGUGGAUAAGAUGGCGUAUGCGACGUAUGGGGAGGUUGUGUUGGAGGAUGGGGCGAUUUAUGUUCAGACUCAAGCGCAUAACUUUGGGACGAACGUCGAUUACGCGGCAGAGAAGAUCUUGGACCAGCUCUAG